AUGUCUCCCUCAUCGAGGGACAGGCUUCUCCCGUCCAUUCAGGCGCUGUUGCACAGUUGUGCCAGGGCCACUAUACUAGCCUCCGAGGUGCAAUUCGAGGAAGAUUUAAGCACGUCGCAGGAUCAAACUCUCGCCGUCCUCAUCAGCUUGGAUCUUGAGAUAAAGCGCCUGCUCCGGCAUAUCCUGCAGCCGAUAAAACUGUCAAUCCCCCUCUUCACGUCCGCCCUCUCGGGUUCUACCUGGGCACUUGACCUAUUUGAGCGGCGGUUGCAAUUGUACCGACUCUCCAGUUACGGCAGACAGUAUGUCUCUAACUCGUGGACCCCACUUAUUGAGACGCUACAACAAUAUACCAUGAAUCUCCAAAUAUUGACUGGCACUUCGGAUUCGGAUUCUCUUGACGCCGUUUCCGAUGAUCGUUCGCUUCAAAGAUUGUUCGAGAGCCAAAAUAACGACGUGCAACAGGAACUGGAAGCUCAAAUUCGAUAUGAAGGGCAACAGUGGGAUGGUUCUCUUGACACACCAGGCUAUCUAGACGUACAGCAGGAGUACCCGCCAUCCACCUAUGCUACCCCACCAAGCAGUGUCAUUGAUGGAGAUAUCCAUGACGACCUUCCAGCCAUUCCUGGACCUCCUCUCCAAGCUCCAAAUCACUUAUCCAAGGAACAACACUAUCAAGCUGCUGUAGAGCAUGGUCGGGAGAAGGAGCGUGCGAAGAUCUACGAAACUCUGAAAACUGUCUGGCUACCCGAGCGUGAAGCCCCGGAAAAGCGAUGGAGCCACCUGGUACGCGCAAUUAAAUUGGACUCCGUGGAUGGCGUCAACCUCCUUCUUAAUCUGGGUAUGGAUGUGAAUCAAAGGUGCGAGAACAAUUUGCCGUUGUGUCUGGCAGCCAAGCAUGGACGUGACAGAAUAGUGGAAAUCCUCUUAGAACGAGGGGCGGAGAUUGAGAAGCGAAGUGAUUACGGCAGCACCGCGCUCCUGUCUGCGGCUGGAGCUGGCCAUGUUUCUACCAUCGCCCUUCUGUUGAAUAGGAAAGCAAACACAGAAGCUAGAAGUACUUCGCCUUUUCAUAUGGGAUAUACACCGUUAAUGAGGGCGGUGAAAUCCGGCCAUAUGCGUGCGAUCCAAGUGCUUGUCGAGGGACGUGCGUGUGUUGCGACCCAGAGUGACGCAGGGGAGUCUUUGUUACACGUUGCCCUACAGGACGGCCGUAAAGAGAUCAUCGAAGAGGUUUUUAGGCUGAAACCUCCCAUUGGGAUUGCGGACAGGAAUGGUAACACGGAGUUGCAUGUCGCCGCCACGCAGGGUUUAGUUGACGCAUCUAGGCGACUCGUGGGGCAGAUGAGGAGUCUUGUACGAACAGCAAAUCAUAAACAGGAGAUACCAUUGCACUGUGCAGUGAUUGCUGGAAGACGCGAAUUAGUUAAGCUGCUUCUCAGUGAAGGAGCGUCGGUUGAGUGGCCAGACAAAAAUGGGAAAACCCCAUUGCAUCUCGCCGUGGAAGCAGAGUAUCAGGAGAUCGUUCGGCUGCUCCUCAACGCGAAUGCGUCCCCAUGUACGGUAGACCGAGACGGAAAGACUCCAAUCCACUAUGCCGUCGAUUUGUCCAAUAAAGACAUUGUGCAGCUACUCGCGGAAAAUAUGCCUGAGGACCGGAACGAAGAAACGCCCCUUCACUACGCUGUGAAGUCCCUGAAUGUUGAGAUUGUGCGUGUGCUGCUGUUGCACAAGGCGAAAGCUAACUGCAAGGAUAGGGCUGGUAAAGUAUCGCUCGAAUAUGUUAUGGAACUGCCCCUAUCGGACGAGGAGACUGCCAUCCAUCUCAUUCAGGAGUUCUUACGGUCCCAUGAAAAGGGACAGUCGUUCACAAGGAAGUAUGGGUUUCCUGCACUAUCUCAGGCAGCAAGAGAAGGCAGGGUGCCAGUCCUUCAAACGUUUUGUCAGCACGAUCCGGGUCUCGCCAACGAGAUUCCACCUGCGGACUCCGGUUUCGAGCCCCCCUUGCAUGAGGCUAUCAAAAUGGGCCACAGUAAAUCAACUGAAAUGCUCUGCCGUUUACCAGACAUAGACAAGAAUAUUCUUGACCACGAGGGGAACACACCACUCCACCAAGCCAUAAAAAACCGGCGAGCCAGUCCGGGGUUGCUGGCUAUGUUAAUACGCUACGGAGCAGACAAGGAUCGUCCUCAUGCGACAACGGGUUUGCCGCCGCUUCAUUUUGCCGUUCAAUUGCAAAGCCUAAAUGAGGUCAAAGAGCUUCUGACCGCCAAAGCAGAUCCUGAAAAGCGUAUAGAAGGAGAGCAAUGCUCCUGUUGCAAGGAUGACGAGAGACAUGCCGACAUGGAUUCACAUUGUGUCUUGCAGGCGAUUCCCGUUCAGAACCGGACGCACGACUAUCCUUUGAUUAAACAAGCCCUGUCUCAAGCCAUCCUAAGAUCGGAUCGUCCUAGAUCUGUGUCGGCGCAUGGUAACACGAAAAGAACCAAGAGAAGUUUGUACCGAAUCGGUCCGCAUAUUUACAUUGCGGCAUGA